AAACCAGUGUGACACAAUAACCAAACCUAGCGUCUAGGUUACCCUGUUGUCUAGGUGGCGUUUCAUGUCGUGUUACUUGUUUGUAAGUGUCACUAUAAUAUCAUCAUUGCUCGCAGAGACACUUCGUGUCCACCGUCACAUUCCAUUCACCAUUCACAAAUAAAAGCAAAACAUCCUUAGUUUAGAUUCCUUCGCACUUACAAACACAAUCACCCCCCACUACUUUCCAAUUUUCCACUAUGCAAACUCAGACCCAUAUCCAAUUUUUGUGGAAUUUUCAACCGUGACCUCAAUCACCAGAAUGAAAUUCGGGAAAGAGUUCAAGACCCAUUUGGAAGAAACCAUCCCUGAGUGGAGGGACAAGUUCCUUUGCUACAAACCAUUGAAGAAGCUCAUCAAACACCACCUUAACACCAACAAUAAGGCUAACACAGUACCCAUCAAUCUCCCUCUUCACCUUCUCCAACCACCCUCUUCCCCACAACUCAUGCAGGCUUGGUUCGUGAGGAUUCUCAACGAAGAGCUUGAAAAGUUCAAUGAUUUCUAUGUCGACAAAGAGGAAGAAUUUGUCAUUCGCUUCCAGGAGCUGAAAGAGAGAAUUGAGCGUCUUAAAGAAAAAAGCAGCCAGAGUGAAAUGUACACUUCUGACUGUGAAUUCAGUGAAGAAAUGAUGGACAUCAGGAAGGACUUGGUCACCAUCCAUGGAGAGAUGGUGCUCCUCAAAAACUACAGUUCCUUAAACUUUGCAGGACUCAUUAAAAUUUUGAAGAAGUAUGAUAAAAGAACCGGUGGAUUGUUGCGUCUGCCUUUUACGCAACUUGUUCUUCGGCAACCUUUUUUCACUACUGAGCCUCUAACAAGGUUAGUUCAUGAAUGUGAGGAAAAUCUAGAACUGCUUUUUCCCCUGCAAGCAGAAGUAAUUCAAUCAACUCUGCCACCGGAAGAUCAGUCUAGACUGCCCACAGAUGGUGCAACAAAUGCCUCACCUGAGACAUCCUCAACGCUUGGGAAUGAAACCAUGUAUAUAUAUCGUAGCACUCUUGCUGCUAUGAAAGCCAUAAAGGGUCUUCAGAAAGCAAGCUCCACUAGCAACCCAUUUUCUUUUUCGUCCCUCUUUAGCAACCAAGAUGGUGAUGGUACCGGUGCUGUAACAGCUGAGAACUCUGCAGCAAAUUCUCCAGCUACCUUGCUGAAUGAAGAAACUGUUGGCAAAGAGGAGGCUGACUCUGUGUAAGACAAUUUUUCUUUUAUGGUUUCUUCCUGUAUCUUCCUUUGGGUUGCUGUUUCAGCCUUGUCGGUUGAAACUAAUGAAAUUGCAUCUUUUUGUUCGUAUAUACAAUAAAUCACACGAUAACGAGUGAGAUGUACCUUCUUUAGCAUUUAACCUGGCAAACAAUACCUGAGCAUUGCAUUUAUUUUUUGUCCUUUCACCUUGAUGCCACUUUAUGCUUCCUUGUUCACUUGCUAUCUAAGUUUUAAAUUGUGACGGUUAGUGGUAAGUGUUAGGAUCCAAUUGUAAGGUGUGAGACUCGAGUCUCACUUUUGGAGUAUAAGAUUCCAAUGCUGGGUUUAUAUGGUCUUUUGAACUAA